AAGCAACCAAUUGUUUAAACAACGAACUAUCGUCGUUGCGUUUCUGUAUGCUGUAAGUCUUAUUACUAUAGACGAACUGUAACAUGGUUUUAAUUUUUAAAUAUAACCAACGAUAAACGAAAAAAUGCGGAUAUGGAUCACCUUUAUAUUGAUAAAUAUAAUAUAUCUGAAUCACGUGUCCACAGCCCCGGUGAAACGUUCUAAAUUUGGUAAUAUUGCAGACCAAAUUAUUAACCCAAGAUGGACAUUAAAAGAACCAGAUUCGAAAAAAAAGGACCAGAACACAGAUGUAGAUUCAAACAAUAAAAAUGAUGAAAAUGAUCCAAGUACAUCAAAUGAUGAUACAAACCAUUCAAAUAUAACAAAUGAUGAUAAAGAUGAUUUUCAUAACCAAAAUAAAAGUAGCGGCAAGAAACACUAUAAUAAUAAAAAAGGAAAAAGAAAUAAUAUUAAACCUAAUGGAAGAUCCAGAUGGUACAAAAUAGUUAGAAUGGGUGAUUUAGUGGGUAAUUUACCAGAAUAUAGAAAUCAUGAAGAUGAACAGAAGAGGAUUUUAAUAUGGCACGAUGAACGAAAAAUUGUAAUGAACGAGAAUGUUAACACAUCAUCAAUAAACAAUUUAAAUGAUAACCAAUUAAUACGGCAAAAAAGAGAUUACAAUAAUAAAUUAGAAUUUCAAGAUAAUAAAUUAAAAGCAAAAAAUAUUAAACAACAUGAUUUAAAGGAAAAUGCAAAUAAGAAAGACGAAUUAAAAACUGAAAAAAACACAAACAUCCAAAGCCAAGAAUUUGACACACAAAAUAAAAAUGAAAAAGAAUCUCCAAGAGAUAAUAAUUUACCAUUGAUUCAGAACUCAGACAAUCCAAGAACAAAAUCAACUGACGUACCAAUAUAUUCAACAAAAAAAACCACACAAAAUGACAAGAACUUACCAAAAACUGACGAAAUCGAAUCAUUAAUGAAUGCAAUGAAUUCAAGUUUAGAUAACAAUUCAGAGGAAAAAAAUUCUAAUUCAAUUCCAACUUCAUUAGAGUCAUUAAAAGGAAUACCACAUGACAACGGCAGCAAAGAUGAUAAGGAACAUGGUUUAUUAAAAAAAAUAAAACGACCAUUAAACCCAACAUCCAAAACUCCUGAAACAAGUAACUCUAAAAAUGAUGAAAAAUUACCAGGCAUAUUCACACCAAUUUCGGGUAAAACAACAGACAAUAUUAAAAAUAACGAAGAAAGAUCUCCUGAUGACAAGGACAUACCGUUCGUUCCGGUUACGUAUUGCUAA